GGCGCACAUGGAUGGGAUUAUCCGGGCCGGGCCUCCUGUGCCACUGGUUUUCUUUGAGCUCUGUCUGUGGGUUGGGGUCUGGCUCGGAGGGAAUCCAUCCCUGCGUGACAAGUGCUGCUCCCAGCUUUUCCCAAGUCGCUUUUGGGAACAGGCUGGCCCCGGGGGUGGGAGGGGAGCGAGGGGCCUUCGGGGCGUCUCUGGGAACUCAUUUCAGACCUAAUUAAUUUAAACCAUGCUCGGAAGGGGGGUGCAGUUUCCGUGUAGGAUUGUUCAUCCCGCAGCUCUCCACAGCUCAGAGCAGCUCCUCACCCCGAGGGCUCCCCCGGAGCAGCGUGGGGACACAAAGUGCAAAAUUACAUCUUGCAAAGCAGCAAUUCCUUCAAAUAUGUUGGGAAUAUCCCAAGGGAUUUAUCCCAGCUCCACAUCCCUGCAGGUCUCAGGUCUGAGCCGGCUCCAGGAGAGGAGCUGGUGGCACAUCACCACUUUUGUGUUGUCCCAGGGACUGACAAACCUUCCCAGGGAAUUUUCCAUGUUCCUUGGAGCAGGGUGUUCCUCAGGUCAGGGCCCAGCUGCUCCGAGUGCUCCCAGCUUUUUCAUCCCUUUUUUUUCACCCCGAGUCCCUGAGUCCUCCCUUUGUGUGUCAAUGUCCUGGCGCUGCUGCCCGUGUCCCACGAGCCCACCCUGGCUCUCCAGCUGUGCCAGAUGUGGCUGUCACACCUUCACAUCGCCCAAAAUGAGGUUGGAUUUGGGAGGAGCUGAAAGCGAACAUGAGCUACGCGUGGCAGGAAUGAUUUACUGGGGCAGGAAUGAUUUACUGGCUGUAACAACGCGGGUCGUGUGUCCUGGGGGGUUCCUGCAGGCAGGGAGUGAUGCUUAUCUCCACCUCAGGAAAGGGAACGGAUCCAAAUCCCUCUCACCAUCCCUCUUAUCGUGGUUUGCCCAUCCUCAGCAGCAUCCCGAGAGGCUCCAAGCACGAACAUUCCCCCCGAGGGAGGUGCCGAGGGCUGGGCCGGCGCCGGGAGUUUUGAAACGCAGCGGCCGAGCAGGGGUUGCCCCCUCCUCGUCCCACGCUGCUCCCGGCCUCGCCUGUGCCGUGGGAUGCCUGGCGUUCCUGCGAGCAUCCCGGGGCCGCCGGCCGCUGGAUUGGCUGCGGGGGCCAAACCUUGCCUUUUUAGGCUGCGCGUGGGCUCCCGCUCGGGGCUGCGCUGCCGCCGGCCCCGCUCCGGCCCCGCCGUGGGCCGGCGUGGUCGGGAUCCCACAGGGAUGGGGGAGCCUGGAGCUGACCCGUCCCCAGCAGGAGCGACGAGUCCCGGAGCUGCUGAGGGGUGUCCGGGGUCGGUGUUCCCCGGUUUGCACCAGCUCAGGGGUCAGGGAAUGUCCCCCUGCCUCGGGUCGGGAUGGGAUCCUGCCGGGAUUUGGGAAUGUCCCCCUGCCUCGGGUCGGGAUGAGAUCCUGCCGGGAUUUGGGAAUGUCCCCCUGCCUCGGGUCGGGAUGGGAUCCUGCCGGGAUUUGGGAAUGUCCCCCUGCCUCGGGUCGGGAUGGGAUCCUGCUGGGCUUUGGGAAUGUCCCCCUGCCUCGGGUCGGGAUGGGAUCCUGCCGGGAUUUGGGGAUGUCCCCCUGCCUCGGGUCGGGAUGGGAUCCUGCCACCGACUCCGUGCGACUCCUGGCACAGCCGUGCUCCUCCACAGGGGACACUGCCGCUGUUGCCUCCAUCACCCCCCUUCUCCCACCCCCGCUCUGUUUGGUUUGGGGAUCAUUUAUUUUAAAGGGGUUUUUUUUCCAACAUGUCAUAUAUGGCAGCCUUUCCCCCUCGGUGACCUCAUGUUUGGCGGGGACCCAGCCGGGCUGGGAUGUGAGGUGGCAGCGGGACCCCGGGGCUGGGGGCGUGGGGGGGUCACCAAGUGCCCGGCCAGGGGACAAAUCCAGCCCCUGUGAGCUGCGUCACAGGGAAAGGGAACAGCCUGGCAGAGCCAUCCCUGGGUGAUAUUGGAGCUGUGAACGGACUGGCAGCGCUGGGGGACCCCGUGUCCCUGUCCUGCUCCGGGGGUGACAGCCCAGGUGGGACAGAGCCAUCCCUGGGGGACAUUGGAGCUGUGAACGGACUGGCAGCGCUGGGGACGCCCCGUGUCCCUGUCCCUGUCCCUGUCCUGCUCCUGGAGUGGCAGCCCAGAGCCCGCUCCCUCCCUCUGGCACCAUGGGGCCCACCAGGACCUUCCCUUGGUCCCUUGGCUGCGGUGGGACGCUGCAGCUCCUUGUCACUGCUCCAGUGCCGGGAUGUCCCUGCCCCGGGCACAGCUCGGGAUCAGCCUGGGCCCCCCCGUGCCUCAGUUUCCCUCGAGCCCCGCGAGCUCUGGGGGGUGACUCCGGGGCAUCUCUCCUGCCUCCCCUGGGUGCUCCGGGAGACUCCCUGGUGAGGGCCCGUUGUCCUUAAAAAGGCAGCCGGGAGCUCGGGAGCUGCUGGUUGGCCUCUGCCAGGGCCAGGGGCCUCUGCGGCUCCGCUCCCACUGCCAGGGCUCGGCCGCAGGGCUGGGGGGUGGCCCCGGCGCCCCCGAGCUGUGUCCGGGCAGGGGGGCUCGGGGACAGCACCCACCCGGCCCCUGGAGGGGUCUGAGCUCAUCCCACCCCCAAAAUCCCCCGGCAGGGAUCAGCACUGGGUGCAGCCGCAGCGCGGGGUCGGGAUUCGGACCCACAACUCCCGGCCACAACUCCUGGCUCAGGCUGAGGAUUGGGGGCACGAGGGGCUUUGGGACACCAAAAGCCCAAAAACGGGGGCGGGGGCAGAAAACCACAGGGAGAGGCAGCUCAGAAGCGCUGGAUGCCAGGGCUGCGGGGGGAACCGAGGCCGGGAGGAGGCGAGGCACCAACCCCGCGCGUUUCCAGCAUCUCAGCGAUGCCAAAUUCCCAUCCCGGCUCCGGGGUGUCCCCACGGCGGAGCCCCAACACCCACCUCCACCCGGGUGGGGUUUCUCCACACGCUCCCCAGGAACUGGGGUCACUCGCACCUCCUUUUUCCGAGCCCGUCGCUUAUAAGGACUUGUGUCUCGCUUGUUUAUCGGAGCGGAGCAUAAAAGGAACGUCCUCACAACGGGGCCGCUGCCUCCCAAGCAUCCCCACAUCCAUUUUCCUACAAUAAUUAACCGUGCUGGGUCCUACCACCAGCCCAAGGUCAAUUUAAUGAAAUAAAACACCUUAUAUGGCCAUAUGGCCAACACACCAUCA